AAGCACAGCAAAACAGAUAAGCAUAAAACUUCCUUUUUACAAAGGUCAGUAAACCUAACAAGCUGGUUGAGAUCUUCUGGUCAGCAAUAUGGGUCGGCUCGAUGGGAAGGUAAUACUGCUGUCUGCAGCAGCACAAGGGAUUGGGCGAGCCACUGCUAUCGCUUUUGCUAAAGAAGGAGCCAAAGUCAUUGCUACAGACAUCAAUAAGCCUAAGCUGCAGGAGCUGGAGAAAUACCCAGGCAUUCAAAUACGGGUUCUGGAUGUCACCCAAAGGGAGCAGAUAGAAAAUCUGGCCAAGGAGAUUGGAAGGAUAGAUGUCCUCUGUAAUAUUGCAGGGUUUGUUCAUCAUGGAACCAUUCUGGAAUGUGAGGAGCAAGACUGGAACUUCACUAUGAACCUCAAUGUUCGCAGCAUGUAUCUAAUGAUCAAGACAUUCCUUCCAAUGAUGAUUAAACAGAAAUCUGGAAAUAUUAUAAACAUGUCUUCUGUGGCAUCCAGCAUUAAAGGAGUUGUGAACAGAUUUGUAUAUAGUACUUCAAAGGCAGCAGUUAUUGGUCUAACAAAGUCUGUGGCUGCUGAUUUCAUUGAACAAGGCAUCAGAUGCAACUGCGUAUGUCCUGGAACUGUUGACACACCAUCUUUACAGGAAAGAAUCCAAGCCCAGCCUAACCCAGAACAGGCAUUGAAAGAUUUUCUAGCCAGACAGAAGACUGGUAGGAUGGCUACCGCUGAAGAAGUGGCUCAUCUCUUUGUGUACUUGGCCUCUGAUGAAUCUGCCUACAUGACUGGCAACGAACUCAUCAUUGAUGGAGGAUGGAGCUUGUGAUCAACUCUACCUGCAGAUGGAGACUUAUACUAUUAAAGGCAAGAAGUGAGGAUCAUGUUUCUCAGUUAAGAGUUUGCAAAGAUUUAAAUCACUCACAUGAUGUCAUCCAUACAAAUUUGGUGCAUUUUUAUGGUUGUGAUCUCUUUCUAGAUUGAUCUUACAGAUUCACUUUUCCCUAAAUGGUGAAACAUUGGAGUAAAACAUACUUCAUGUUGCUUCUUUUUCUGGUAACUCCUGGAGCAUGAGCAGGAUUUUAGCCUUUCAGAUAUCAAAGUGCAAAGAAUAUUAUUUAAGAUACAAAAUAUAAGUCUUAUUUUAAGCAAAUCUAUAUUAAAGAAAUUAAAUACUACCCUUAUUCUCAGUCUGCAAAAUAUUUGGAGGUUAAACAUUCACGAUUAGACUUCCUACCAGUAUUAGCGGGCUAUCCAGAGAAAACAGACUACUUUUAAACCAGCUGUACAAUUAUUGAACUAAGUAUGGUUCAAACAACAGAAGAAGGCAGAAAUAAUAGCAUGUUUGAAUCAUUCUGGAACUGUCGAUAGAUGUGUCUAUAUUAGAGAGCAUACUAGUUCUUGCAAACUAUAUGUUAAAGUCCAUCCUGCUUUGCAAAUUGUGAAUUUUUCUGUUCUCUGUAAUAACUGUAGAAAAAUGAUCUGUGUUGAAUUGUUGAGAAGAAUCUGUCCCAAGUCUGACAACACUUAGAAGUUCAAAGUGGAAGGUGCAAGAUGGUCAGGGACAAUGUAGAUACAUAGUAUAUGGGCACAAGAAAUUCCUGCGCAUACAGUAAAGAGUCGGUGUACAUGCACAGCUGAUUUGUGCAACUGCAAUAUCCAUUUUCCACAUACUGGGGAAGUUAGGCUGUUGGAAUCUGGAAAAAUAGUAAAUCAUAGCCCAAAAUACAGAACAACAGAUUGCAAUUAGAAGCAGUAUAACUAGCAGCCUUGUAUAGUUUCAGAGGUUUGGGGUUUUUUGUUCAAGCAUACAAAGAUUAUAGACACUGUCUUCAUGAAGUAGAAAUGAUGCAGAUGAACCCGCUGUAAUAGCUGUUAAAAGGCUAAGGCUUAUGGCACGUAAAGAGCAUAGAAAAUCAUAGGUAGUUUUGCAAUCAGUAUGAAAAUUAGUGUAUUUGCUGGUACCAAAGAGGUUGCACUAGGAGAAUGACAUGACCAUUAAUAUGUCAUUAAUAGUAUAGAUUAAUCCUAAAAUUGUCUUGGAAUUCUUCACUGCGUCUUUUCUGUCUGCAUUGUACAGAAAGUACUGUGCAAUGAUGUCACUCUGGUAGGAGUGUAUACAUAGAGAAGUAUUCUGAAAAAGACAGGUGGAUCUUUAUGAAUACGUUUGACUUCUGGCAAGCAAAAGGAGUGGAUUUUACCACUCUAUCCACAGCCAAUAUAUUCCCCUUCCAAAAGGAUUCACUAAUGAAUGUACCAAUACUGGACAAAUAUUGACGGCUCUGUAGACUAGGUGCUAGGCUUAGAUAAUCUAUCGGUGAAUUCUCAAAUACCAAUAUUGGUCUUGCUAAAACACAGACUAAGUUUCUACAAGAAUUUGUGUUGAUAUUUUUAUUGUGGUAGCACAUUGAGGCUUUGAUUAUGAAUCAGAAAUCUAUUGUGGUAAAGACUCAUACUCUGGAGAGGGGGGAAAAAUCACAACCCAAAGAUUUAAGGCAACAGAUUGGAAUUCCAAAGCUUUUUGGUAUGCUAACAUACCGUUAAAAUUUACAUGAAUGACAUGGGCUGACUUCCUAUAAAUAUGGCUAUGUUAAGAAAUUGAACAUAGCUCUAUGAAUCUAGUUUGUGAAUGAAGCUGUAUGCAAUUUCAUAUUUUUUUCAUGUCUAUGAAAUUGGUAUAAAUAUGGGGGGAAUAAAUGAUAAAUGAGUGUGAUUGGUCAGUAAUCAGAAAUCAUGGGGGAAAAUGUAUUCUAUUUUAUGCAUUUUUCUGUAACAACGACUGCCAUGUUUUUAAGUGAUUGCUUAAGUUUUUCAAUAUUUGCUGAAGCAUUAAUACAGAUUGAUUUCAAAGAUGUGGAACAUGUCUGGUUAACAUCAGGCUUCUUGUUUGUAAAAGCUAUGUUACUUACAAUUUUAAAAUGAGAAAGCGUUGUGGAGGCUGGCUUCCUCAGACUUGUUAUGGGUUUAACUCUUAGCUUUAAUCAUGGUUGGGACAUUCUGAUCUGUGUAGUUUGUUCAUGGGAUUUUGGGCAUGUUUUCUAGUAUUUCAAUAAAGUGACCCAGCAGCCAA